AUGGCAUCCGCAGAAGCAACGGCAUCCUCAUCCACGUCGUCGGCCCUCGCCCUCACGCAUGCCAACGGACACCCACCAUCCUCGUCGUCGCACCCGAGCUACUCGGCCGCCCUCAACCCCAUCGAUGCCCUCCCGUACUAUGACCGCGAGCUCGAGACCCAGCAGGGUUUGAGAGCGCGUGUAGACAACGAGAUCGCUCAGGAGCAGAAGUCCAUGCAGGCCCUAGGUCAAGACCGCCUGCCUCCCCCUUACGAGCCCUUUCAGUCGAACCCCCACCUCAAGGCAGAGUUUGACCGCAUCGCCGGCGGACAGGCCGCAUCGCAACGGCUCGACACCACCAGAUAUACCCUGCCACCACCCGCCGCGGGCCUCGAGGCAUCAGAGGACGAGUGGAACCAGGCGCUCGACAACGCCGCAUCCCAGCUCGGGCACAUGCAGAUCCGCUUGAAGAACGUCGAGCUGCUGCGUAAGUACGGGUCCAACCUGUGGCGGCUGCACAACUUCCAGCAGGAGUCGAUGGCGCAGCAGUACGCCGACGCCGUCGAGGCGAUGCGGGGCCUGACCAACGAAAUCAACCGGACGCGGCAGUCGGAGCAGACGGACGCGGGACGCAAGCUGACGUCGCUCGAGCGGCGGUGGACGGAGCUCAUCUCGAGCGGGCUGCAGCUCGAGGUGGCCAACCUCACGGCCGAGCACGAGGUCGAGGCACUCCAGCUGCAAAAAGAGGCGCUGCAGCGCCAGAUUGACGACAUGGACCGCGCCGAGGCACAGGCGGCGUAG